AUGCAUAGACUCCAGAUCAAGAUUUUGGGGCUAAGCGAGGUGCGAUGGCCAGGUACCGGGACUCACAGGACUAAAAAUGGUGUCCUCUACUACUCUGGUGGCGGCGAUCCUAAACACCAGUAUGGCGUAGCUGUGUUCAUCUCCUCUGAACUGGAGAAAUCCGUAAUCGAUUUUAUUCCACUCGGGGAACGAGUGAUGCUUCUGAGACUGCUCACUACUCAUAGAGUUAUGAAUGUGGUUCAAGCGUAUGCUCCAACAGGGGACAAGUCUGAUGAGGUGGUUGAGGAUUUCUACUCUACUUUAGAAGAAGCCAUGAAAAUAACAAAACAAGGGGAGUUAAUAAUUGUUCUUGGCGACUUCAAUGCCAAAAUCGGGAAGGGUGCUGAUGGCGAGGUUUGCGGUGACCAAGGCCUUGGAACACGCAAUACUAGAGGUGACCGCCUGGUACAAUUCUGUACAGAACACCGUCUCUCUGCUGCCAACACUUUUUUCAAACAGCAUCCUCGACGUCUGUAUACGUGGAAGUCCCCAGUCGAUCGUGAUGGCCAUAUAGUGAGAAAUCAAAUAGAUUUCGUCCUCAUCAAGAGUCAUCUAAUGAAGUUUGUUAAAUCAGCAACAACAUACCCUGGUGCAGACGUAAAGAGUGACCAUAACCCCGUGGUGAUAAAUCUACAGCUUCGUUACUUCACUAGAGUCCAACGUCCAAAUAAACCUAAGCGAAUCGAUGUCAAAAAACUCGUUGAUCCCGAUAUACGAGCUAAAGCAACCGAGAGUCUCGAAGCGCGUUUACAAACAAUAAACAAUUAUAGUGACGAAGACGUGGAGCCUCGGUGGACUGUUCUAAAAAAGGCUCUUUUAGACACCCAGGAGAUCGACAUCGGGUAUGUACAAGCCUCUAAAAAACAACAGUGGAUGACGGACAAGAUCCUUAAACUCAUGAAUGAGAGAAGAAAAUACAAAACCACAGACAUUAACCGAUACAGGGAGCUGAAUAGGGCGGUCAGAUCGGAAUGCCGGAAAGCAAAGGAGGGUGGCUAG